GGGCUACUGAACCCAUAGUUAGUUUCAACUAGCAAGCCCAGCUCACUUGUUCCAAGGAAUACAAAACAGUAGGAGCCACAUCGAGACGUAAGGUCAGCAGCAGCAGCACCACACCUCAGCAGUUAACUUUCAGCUGUACAGCGUCUCCAACAUGACCAAGCAACUGCUGCUGUUGACGCUCUCGGUGGCGUGGGUGGCAGCCCUGCUCUGCGGCCUCGCUGCUGGAGUCUGUGAGCCGGUGUGCAGUGCCCCCACACCUACGGGUAUGGUUGCUGAUCCUCUCAACUGCACUCGAUUUUACCUCUGUUUAGCAGAUGUCUUUCCCUCGGACAUUCCUGCGCCUUGUCCAGAUGGUUCCUCCUUCGACACAUCAACUUCUGACUGUACUGGUACACUCCCUUGUGACCCUCCAUGUGCGCUACCAGCAUGCGUUGUAACCUGCGUCAGUGACCUAGAUGAGAUCUUUGACCGGGGAAGUUGCAACACCUACUACGUUUGCGUGAAUGGUAGCCUCUCGGGACCCUUGGAAUGCCCUGCGAACAAACCUUACUUUGACGGUGUGUCCCAGGCUUGCAGUGACGACGAGAACGUAUGUUGUGGUGACCCGUGUAUUGCCUACUGCUAUGCCGCAGGGACAGAGGCUCCCGACCCCUACGACUGCACCAAGUACUACUUGUGUACCAAAGUGGGACUAGCCGACGAGCAAUACCUAGUAAGCUGCCCUAAAGGGUCUAACUUCGACGUAAGCGUGGGUCGCUGUGUGGCCGGCGCCCCUUGUAACAAACUGUGUAACGACUACACGGUCACCGGGGGAAGGUACGACCCUAACAACUCCAGUCUGCCAGGAGUCCAUGACGUGCACGUCAGUGGGACGCUUCCCCAAGUGCCCGACGUGUGACCAGCAGUACUUCAACUGUCUCACCGUCGGUCAGCCAGCCACCGUUGAGACCUGCACAGGUUCCUUGCUCUCCAACACCGAUCUUCCUUUCGUUACUGUGUCCAGCCUGACGUCUGCCCCCACCCAGCGAUUUGAGCCCACCUCCAGGCACUUACCUGCAAACAUAGACGUCUUCUUCCAACCACUUGUUAACUCUAGGUGGUUGUUUCCUGCACCUGCCUGGAAACACUAGGUACCUUGUAUGAACUGUAGUCUGGGUUGAGAAGAGUUCUCUGAGCCAACUCCAGAUAAACCUGGACCACUAGAUACUUCCUCCACCUACCUGAGACAACUACCAUCCCCUAGGACUAUUAUCUAGAUCUGGGUCUCCCACCUGUACUUAUAUCCACUAGGUACAUCUGUAAGUGUAAGUCACCCACCUACACCUGAGCCCACAAUAAGCACGUUGAUGUCAAUAAUGCACAUUUUGCAGCAAAUAAUUGAACAUUAAAACGUAAGAAUGAAGGUAAUUGUAGAAAGCCUUUUAGCCUAUACGAGGCAGCUCCUAUUUAUAUCCACUCAAUAUCAUUCAUAUAUAUAUGUCUAACCUACGCUUGAAACAAUCAAGGGAUCCUACUAAUAUUAUGUUAC